ACUAUUUAAGCAGUGAUCAGCAGUCUGUGCGUUCCAUUAUACUGAGAGGUAAUGCACGCAGAUUUGUAACACCUGAGCACAAACAUAGUCCACCAGAACUUGUUCAUGUUUUGAGAUGCUGCCUGACCUGCUGAGUUCCUCCAGCAUUUUGUGUGUGUUGCUCUGGAUUUCCAGCAUCUGAAGAAUGUCUUGUACUUCUAUUUUGAUUUAUCUCCAGUGAUUAAGAUAUUGCCGUGAUGCAUAUCCGUCCGCGUUACAUUGUUGAUCGAUCAGCUUAUUCCAUUCCUGAAUUUGAUGAGGAGUACCAGAAGAAAAUCAGGAGUUACCCCCACUCACAAAAAGUACGGAAGUUCUUCAGCUGUUCAACAACUCGUGUCAAGUCUAUUAUCCUUCAACUCUUCCCAAUACUCUCAUGGCUUCCAAAGUACAACUUCAAGAAGGCUUUCAUUUUCGAUGUCAUUGCUGGUAUCAGUGGUGGGACUAUUCAGGUACCUCAAGGCAUGGCCUUCGCUCUGCUUGCCAGUCUUCCACCAGUGAACGGACUGUACUCCUCGUUCUUCCCUCUUAUCAUUUACUUCUUCCUUGGAAGCAUACACCACAUGGUUCCAGGUACAUUUGCUGUGUUGAGCAUCAUUGUCGGGAAUGUGGUUCAAACUCUGGCUCCAAUUGAAAAAUUUCAACACUUCAAUGAAACUCUGAAUGAGACGGUGACAGACAUCACUGCCAUGAACGCUGAGCGCAUGCACAUAUCAGGAACCCUGACAUGCUUAACAGCUAUCAUACAGAUUUGUCUAGGCUUCGUUCAAUUUGGCUUUAUUUCAAUUUACCUCUCCGAAUCAUUUAUCAGAGGAUUCAUGACGGCAGCCGGGUUACAGAUCUUCAUCUCAGUGUUGAAGUAUAUCUUUGGUCUGACUAUCCAUGCCUACAGUGGUCCUUUGGCAAUAAUAUAUACGUUCAUAGACAUCUGCAAAAACCUUCCCAAAACCAAUGUGGCUUCGCUGAUUUACGCUCUGAUCAGCAGUGUGGUCUUAUUUGCCGUGAAAGAGAUCAACGUCAGAUUUAAGCACAAGCUUCCAUUUCCCAUCCCAAUGGAAAUCAUCAUUGUUGUAGUUUCCACGGCGAUCUCAGGGGGGCUGCACAUGCCCAAAAAGUACAACAUCGACGUUGUGGGAGUGAUACCUUUAGGGAUGCCUGCCCCACAAGCUCCCAGUGUCAGCCUAUGGAGUGAAAUGAUUGGACCUGCUAUCUCACUUGCUAUUGUCGGCUACGUCAUUAACUUAGCAGUAGGAAGGACAAUUGCCACCAGGCACGGCUAUGAUGUAAACGCAAGCCAGGAAAUGCUCGCAUUGGGCUGUGGCAACUUUUUUGGAGCAUUUUUCAACAUCCAUGUUAUCUGUUGUGCACUGUCAGUUACUUUGGCUGUGGAAGGAGGUGGUGGGAGCUCACAGUUCGCCAGUUUCUUUGUGGUGAUAGUGGUGCUUCUAGUAUUUAUGGUUUUGGGAGUGUACCUGGAACCACUUCCUAAGUCUGUACUGGGAGCACUCAUAGCUGUCAACUUGAAAAACACCUUGAUGCAAAUCACUGACCCCUACUACCUGUGGAAGAAAAACAAACUGGACUGUAGCGUGUGGGUGGUAAGCUUCCUGUCAGCGUUCCUGCUUGGCUUGCCCUACGGGGUAGCGGUCGGCGUGGGAUUCUCGGCACUAGUUGUGGUGUUCCAAACACAAUUUCGGAAUGGCCACCUGGUGGGACAGAUUGCAGCUAGCGACAUUUAUAAAAAUCCCAAGGUCUUUGAAAAGGCUAAAGAAAUCAGUGGAAUAAAAAUUAUAACUUACUGUUCCCCGCUGUAUUUUGCAAAUGUGGAGUUUUUCCGGAAGAAAGUGAUUAAAAAGUCGGGAUUUGACCCAGUAAAAGUUCUAAUAGCCAAGAAAAAGUACCUCAAAGCUGCCAAGAAAGAAGAACAGGAAAUAGAUGCAAGAAGACCAAGUAAUCUCUUCAAUAAGCAAGUAUCCCUACAGGAGCUGGUAAAAGAGGUGGAAGCAGAGGUGUCCAUGGACUGCAAUAAUAACUCUGUAAAUGAAGCCCCCCGAAUCUCCUAUAUCACAGUCAACACCCCGAAUGGGUUGCAUGAGAGGAUGGAGAAGUCUACACUGGAACGGGAGAAUCCUGAAGAUCCCAUUAAACUUGCACAUCCCAUCAUUGACAUCCACACGCUCAUCCUGGAUAUGAGUGGAGUCUGUUUCGUAGAUCUUAUGGGGAUCAAAGUUCUGGGAAAGAUGUGUUCAAACUACAAGAAGAUUGGCGUGAACAUCUAUCUGGCUGGCAUACGAGAUCAAGUGUUUGAAGAUAUUGAGAAUGGCGGUAUGUUCGAAGAGAGUGGACUGGAACGUAACUGCCUCUUCCUCUCGGUCCACGAUGCAGUUCUUUACGCACUGGCCAGCCGGCAGGAUACAACGAAGGAAAAGGUUCCGGGUUCUGCAGCGAUCUAUAUGAACGAGGACACGUCAAGCGACGAAAAUGAUAACAACCAGGAUUUGGAGCAGGUCAUGUUUGGAACCAUGUUCGACAGCAGCAUUGCAGAUCAUACAAUUCUGUGAACAUGUCUGGAAACCCUGAAGAUCAAAUGCAAGUGAUUGGAAUUCGAAGCCAAAAGUGCUUUCGGAUCAAAUAACUUGUUAAAUGUGUAUUGUAAAGUGCUUUGCACUGGCUUCUGAUACACAGGGCGAUACGGAAAAGGGUAGAACGUGCAGGCACCAGUUGUUAGUUAAAGACUCUUUCUUGGUUGUAGUAGCUAUUUCUUAUUUAAUGCACAAGGAAUGGACAAGUCUUCCCCAUGCUUGUGUGAAACCUUCUAAUUUGACACGUGUGAAAAUACGAUGCUAUUGUACUUGGUUGAUAUCCUGUGUGCCUGGUAUCUCUCUUUGCCAUGUAGAGAUGCCAGAGGUCUUAUGUCUUUCUCUUAGUCAGUUCCUCAGGUUCGAGAAUGACUUGCUCCCGCUGAAGGUUCUGAGAUGGCCAGUCAGGCCAAUGCGGAACUCCUCAUGGUCUCUGCCGCAGGUGGGGCAGGAGGUGCUUGAUUGGGAGGGCAAGUGGAUAGUUUGGGAGAUGGUCCACCCCUUCCACCCUCUAUGCAGGGGCUUCGAUGAAGAGACUCCAGGAAUCGUCUCCUGACAUGGAUCCUACUCCAUGUCGAGUGGUCAUUGGGCCGGAGAUCCUCAGGAAUCAGUGGGGUUGAUAGAUUCUUGAUUAAUAAGGGCGUCAAAGGUUUCAGGGAGAAGGCAGGAGAACGGGGUUGAGAGGGAUAAUAAAUCAGCCAUGAUGGAAUAGUGGAGCAGACUCAAUGGCCAAAUGGCCUAAUACUGCUCCUGUGUCUUAUGGUCUUACGGGUUGACGUACAGGAAGAUUGGGCUCCCACUUUAAAUGCCAAUACUUUAGGAAGGGUGUGUUCAAAAUACAUGGGGAAUACUUCAGCUGAAGGUCACUUGUGACAUGAACUCUUACAAUAGAGUUGAAGGUGUUCAUUAAAGCACUGCACAUGGGCAGUGUCCAGAGGAAAGAUUGCAAUGAAGAAGUGUAAAGACAACAGGUCCUUAUGCUUACCACCCAAUGGAGAGCAUUAAUGAUGGCAGUCCCAGACGUUGUAUGUCAUUUCCUUGCCCAGACAGGUCAGAUGGAAUGCUCUCUCACUGCAAUCGAGCAACUCUAGACAUUUGGAAAUUGCGAUGAAUACAGCACAAGAGAGAACCCAUCCUCCAAGCUACUUAGAAGAGCAUUAAAAGAUGGUGAAGUUGAAAUGAUUUAAUUUAUUCCAUGCCCCUCUUUCCCUGCCCCCUCCCUUCCCACCCCAGUAGUAACUUGGGGCAAUGCACAUCCAGUGGAAUACAGGGUUGGUGAAGUAAACUGCAACAUGUGCCUUCCUUAAACCUUAUGUGGCUGUUAUACAGAAGGUCCCCAAUUAAGCACCAUAGUUGCUGUCCCCUAGUCACUGUCUAACCUUAGAGCAAAACCCACUCCUGUGUCAUUCUCUCAUUUUUAGUCAUAUGUCCAGUUAAUUCAUGGCUACAUCAUCUCAAAGUAAGCUAAACUGACAAAACAGGAAAUGGGUAGGACUUUUCAUACUGAUAAUUAUGAAGUAUAUCAUUAUUGAAGUAAUAAGUAAUGUUUUGCUGCACUCCAAUGUGAAAUACAUGCAACUGUUAUUUAACUGAUAAAUACUAUUAUAUGCUGAUGAAAUAUUAAUAAAUAUAAUAUAUUACCAGGA